AUGUCUUGCUGCGGAGGCGCGGAGGAGGACAGCUACGGCCCGCCGGCCAACCAGGCGGCUCCGCCACCCAAUGUCAACGCUACCGGUACGCCCAGCCUGCGCAACAGAGGCGGGCCGAGGGGACCGGGGGCGCCGAGAACCGGUGGCCCGGCCAAGCCCGUCAACAUCGACGUGCCCGCGAUCCCGUUCGACGAGCUCAAGAGGAUCACCAACAACUUCAGCGACCGCGCCCUCAUCGGCGAGGGCUCCUACGGCCGCGUGUACAACGCCACGCUCAGCGACGGACGCGCCGCCGUCAUCAAGAAGCUGGACCCCAGCGCCUCGCAGGACUCCGACGCCGACUUCGCCGCGCAGAUAGCGAUGGUCUCCAAGCUGAAGAACGAGUAUUUCCUCGAGCUCGUGGGCUACUGCUUGGAGGAUGGCAACCGCAUGCUGGCCUACCAGUUUGCAACAAUGGGUUCGUUGCAUAACAUACUACAUGGGAAGAAAGGGGUGCAGGGUGCCGAACCGGGGCCGGUCCUGAACUGGCUUCAGCGUGUGAAGAUCGCUUACGGAGCGGCGAGAGGGCUAGAGUACCUUCACGAGAAAGUCCAGCCGUCGAUUGUUCAUCGAGAUAUUCGGUCCAGCAACGUUCUUAUAUUCGACGAUUUCAACUCCAAGAUUGCUGAUUUCAAUCUGACAAACCAGGGGACCGACACCGCUGCGCGGUUGCACUCGACUCGUGUGCUGGGAACUUUUGGAUACCAUGCUCCAGAAUACGCUAUGACAGGCCAAAUCAAUCAGAAGAGUGAUGUCUACAGCUUUGGAGUGAUUCUUCUCGAGCUACUGACCGGAAGGAAACCGGUCGAUCACACCAUGCCGAAAGGGCAACAAAGUCUUGUCACUUGGGCCACUCCAAGGUUGAGCGAAGAUAAAGUAAAGCAGUGUGUUGAUCCAAAGCUCAACAGUGACUAUCCUCCAAAGGCUGUUGCAAAGCUAGCAGCAGUCGCAGCGUUGUGCGUUCAGUAUGAGGCUGACUUCCGACCGAACAUGACGAUCGUCGUGAAGGCGAUACAGCCUCUUUUAAAUUCGAAACCACCCGGGCCAGUAGAGCCGCAAUCCUGAUCGAUCACAAGAGAGUUUUAGUCUGCGCCCCGCUGAUUCCUGAACUCUGUUUCUGAUCACAAAUGUGUGUUUAAGGAACCACGCACCAUUGUUCCAUCAAUCCAGCGCGUAUGCUUUUGUAAAAAACACUGAUUUGCUGGUACUGCAGGAUACAUAUAGGGCCAUUUCGCUAAAUGUUAAUCUGGUAUGCUGAACUCAUGUGUUUUUUGUGUCUUGUGACAAUGUGUGGAUCUGUAUGUUGUUUCCAGUUAGACAAAUUGGAAAGAAAUCCCUGCGCAUCUUUCUCUCUCUCUCUCUCUCUUAACACUGAAGAUUGAAGAAAAGCUUACUAACUGGUGUGGCGAAUAAUGUGCGCCAUUGUUUGUCAUGCU